AUGAGGCUCCCUCGGCCAUCAUUCCGGAGCCUCGGGCUGCCCCCUCGGAAGCUGCCCUUGCACCAGCAGCAGCAACGCAGCAUCUCUCAAGCUACCUUCAAAUACCAAAGACCGUCUUACAUCUUCUCCCCUCGGCAGAGAUACAGCUCCCUGGUAUCAGCCGCCAACCUCCAAUUUGGGCAGCCUGUCCAUGAGACACAUCCCCACAUCCUCAAGGCUGGCGAGGUCACGCCCGGUAUCAGCGCUCAGGAAUAUGCUGAUCGUCGGGCCGCCCUGGCCGAUGCCAUGCCCGAGGGCGGCGUUGCUGUCCUGCACGCUGCGCCUCUGGUGUACAAGUCCGGCGCCGUCUUCCAUCCUUACAGGCAGGAGACAAACUUCUUAUGGCUGACGGGAUGGGACGAACCUGAUGCCAUGGCAAUCAUUGAGAAGACGGGGCCCAAGUGGGGGGAUUAUCUCUUUCGCAUGUUUGUCAAGGCCAAGAACCCCAGGGAGGAGCAGUGGUCGGGCUAUCGUAACGGCGUCCAGGCCGCUCAGGACGUGUGGAAUGCAGACGAGGCUUGGUCCAUGGACAGAAUCGACUCUGUGCUGCCCAAACUGCUCGAGUCAGCGAAGCUCAUUUACACCGACGUCGAAUCGGCAAAGGCUACAAACAGCUCCCUAUGGCGCUUCAUCACCGGUAAUGCUUCUGGCAGCGGUCCUGCAAAAACGCCGCUAUAUCCCAUCAUGAACAAGCUCCGAGUCAUCAAGAGCCCGGCCGAGGUGACCAACAUGCGGAUGGCCGGUCAAAUCUCCGGCCGUGCCAUCACCAAUGCCAUGCGGCGAUCGUGGGUCAAGGAGAAGGACCUACACGCCUUUCUCGACUACGAAUUCACCAUCAAUGGCUGCGACGGGCCAGCCUACAUUCCUGUCAUCGCAGGCGGCCAACGCGCAAACUGCAUCCACUACACGGUCAACAACAACAUCUUCCGUGACGACGAGUUCAUCCUCGUCGACGCCGGCGGCCAGUACGGCACCUACAUCACCGACAUCUCCCGGACGUGGCCCGCCUCCGGCAAGUUCUCCGCCGCCCAGCGCGACCUCUACGAGGCCGUGCUCAAGGUCCAGCGCUCCAGCGUCUCCCUCUGCCGCGAGUCCGCCCGCAUGUCCCUCGAGGACAUCCACGGCGUCACCGUCCGCGGCCUCGUCGACCAGCUCAAGAGCAUCGGCUUCACCAACCUCACCAUGAGCAACAUCGACCAGCUGUUCCCCCAUCACGUAGGCCACUAUAUCGGCCUAGAUGUGCACGACUGCCCAGGGUACAGCAGGAGAGAGAUCCUCCGGCAGGGCCACUGCGUUACCAUCGAGCCGGGCGUCUACGUCCCCGACGAUGAGCGCUGGCCCGCUCAUUUCAGGGGCAUGGGCAUUCGCAUCGAGGACAGCAUCUGUGUGGACGAGGACGCGCCCUACAUACUCACCACCGAGGCCGUCAAGGAAAUCGAUGAUAUCGAAGCGCUGCGAGAUUGA